GCUCUUAAACAAGACGCGACUCUAUCCCUGCAACGCGCUGCUGCUAUCUACAUAGUUCCUCAAGGCACACUAAGCAAUCAACGCACUAGACAACCUUCACAAGCUAAUUCUAUGGCCACUUUACAGAAGCUAGACUAUAACAAGGAGAAGGUGAUUGUUUACUAUGUUCUUGAGCUAGUUGCGCGAAAAUUUCCCCCUUAG